AUGCCGCGAAGGAAUUCAUUCUCCGACUCCGCCAUCUCGUCCGGCACCGCGCCCGCGGCAUCGCCGGCGAGCGAGGAAGAUGUCGAGCGAGGAACGUCACCACGCGCGAGUCGGUAUAUGAGCGCGGUGAGCGCGUUCGAGGGCGGUGAGUUGACGCUCUGGGAGUGCGUCUUGGUGCUCGUCGGGACGUGCGCGGUGUUGGGAUCGUACGUCGUCGCGUUCUCCUCAGUCAUCGGAUUUGGCGCUGAUACUUUCAAAGCGCUGAGGGAUGAUCAGCAGGAAAAGUUAAUGUUCGGAACGAGCGUGGCGAUGGCGCUGUUUCUGUACAUCGCAGAUGCGUCGCACUGGCGAGGCGCGCGGACGCGCGUCGCUCGAGACGCGAUCGUGGCCGCCGCCUCAGCGCUCUUCAUGUUGUCGAUCGGCCUGAGCGCGCAUCGAUACCCGCAGGCACCACCGACGUUGUACUUCAUCGCCACGCCGCUCGUGUACGCGUACUUCAAGAUGCGAUUCUUCAAGGAUCGAUCGAUGUCAAGUUAUCUGAGCGCGAUGGCUCGAAGCCUGUACGCGUGCGCUGGCGUCAUCGCCAUGCUUUUCAUUGCCGAGGCGUCUCGAACCGACGCCUGGUGGUCGACUUCGUUGGAGUUGAAGUACCGACAAGCAAUCGGAUGCCACGACGAUCUCGCCACGGAGUGCCUGUCGGCGUACGUUAUGUGGUUCUCGCCGUGUCUGGCGGUGCUCGCGAGCUUGAUCUUUGCCACGUUUUGCGCCUUGCUCGCGUCCUCCAUGCGUUCGUGCGAUGAGAACAGUUCGAGCGAAAAGAACGUCAUGAACUUCACCAUCAAGGCGUUCGGGUCGGGCUUGAUAUUCGUAUUUCUUGGUCUUUGGGUCGCCGUUUCUAUCGCCGGCGGGGCCAAGGCAUUGUCGGCCAUCUUGGUCACCUUCUCCAUGUCGGCACUCGUCGUUCUCAGCGGAGCGCUGGCAGCCACUGUCGGCCUGGACGCCAUCACGUCCAAGGUGACGUCGGUGCCCUUGUUCGCGUCCAUUAUGAACGCCGUGACAGAUAAAUACGCAAACGUUUUCAAGGCAGUCUUUCUGUCGACGCCGCUGACGCUGGCUUUCGUGGUGUAUCUCAUGUUGUCCUUUGUCAAUCAACGCGUCCGCACGAUUUUUGGCACCGCGCCGGACGAGCGAAGUGGCUCUCGAUGGGUCACGGCCAAGGUCUCCAAACAGCUCGACGAGCUUCAGAGAUGGAACUGGUCGCGAAUCAUGAUCAACGUGCACUAUUGGAUCGCCGUCGUCAUCGCUUUCCAGGUUGUAGCGGGAUCGUUCACCGUCGUAUUCCUGAGCGCUCUGCGCGUGCAGCUCGCGGCGGUUCCUGUGGUACUCGUGUACAUCAUAUUCACCUUCGUUGGCCUCGCAAUGUUCCUGAUUCCCAUCAUUCCUGGUCUGCCGGUGUAUAUCACCGGGGGUAUAAUACUGACGGACGAGCCGCUCGUGCGCGCCUUCGGUGGAGGAUCGAAAGGGUACGCCUGGGCGUGCGUUUGUGCGGUGGCGCUGUGCUUUGUCAUCAAGCUUAUCGCCGUGAUUAUGCAACAGAAGGGAAUCGGUGAACGACUCGGGAAUCGAGUCUGGAUUAGGAGCAUGGUGAAUGUCAACAGUACGACGAUGCGCUCGAUUCGGUUCUUACUCACCAAGCCAGGCUUGAAUUUCCCCAAGGUGACCAUCCUUGUCGGCGGACCGGAUUGGCCGACAAGCGUCAUCACGGGAAUCUUACGCCUAAACGUGGUGGAGAUGCUCAUCGGCACGCUCCCGGUAUUUUUCCUUAUCGCCCCCACGACACUCGCGGGAGCGUUUAUGCUCAAAGCAUCGAGAGCCGCAGGAAGCUCGGCCGAUGUGAUUUGUCGCCAAACGUCCGUCGACUCCAUUGUCGCCGACGAAUCGGGCCCCUGGACGUCCAUCGCGGACAUCGGUUUGUUGUGCACCGGUCUCGCUCAGGGGUUGGCCCUCAUCGCCGCCGCAUACUUCAUUGAAAAGACCGCUGCACAAGAACGCGACGCGCUCGACGCGAUGCCGUACGACGACGAAGUCCUCGAGGUUGAGCGUGGCGAGGAACAUCGAAACGAGCUCAUGCGGGCAAUAAUUCACUGGGACGAGUUGUCCGCCACGACGCGUCGACAACUGUCCUUCAGUACGUUUAUGAUUAUCAUCUCCUUCUGGGGCAUCAUGUUUGCACCUUCGUUCCUCGGUGAGGAGUCAGUCAUGCGCGAAUAUCUGUUGACUGAUUGCGUCUCCACGAGACUCGACGGCAAGCCGUGGAACAUCAUGACGCUGCUCGGAUGGAUUCUCCUAUUGGUCGUCAUGUUGUCUCUCUUCAUCGUCUCCCGAGUGAACGCCAUCGCGAAAUCUGAGGUUGAUGACAUCAUUGCGGACGAGGAGGAUUUUCAAAACGCCUUGCACGGCAUGGGGCCGAAACGCGCGUGGGCAAAGUGUCCAAACCACAACGAGCCCGUGGAUGAAGAAAAGUUCAGAGAGCGUCUCGCGACGACUCUCGAAACGAUGUCCCGGACACAAAUCGAAAAGGUUCGCGAGACCAUGACGGAGCGACAGCUCGCACCGUUCUCCGAAGAAACGAGAGAAUUCAUCGUUCGCGCCGUCGCGAGCGCGAUGCGACGCGUAGAUAAAAAGUAA